CUCCGGAGCGGAAGUGGCUGACGGCGGGGCGCCUGCUCCUCGCCCGGCGCUCUCUGCCUCUGCCUGUGCCUCCGCUGUCUCACUGUCUGCCAGGGAAGACGCCUGUCCCUCUCCGGCGCCUCGGAUGCGGCGGAAGCAGAAGCGGCUGCUGCAGGCGGUGGGGCUGGCGCUGGCCGUCCUCGUCUUCAUCCCCAACGUCGGGCUCUGGUCCCUCUACAGGGAGAGGGCGCCCGGGGACCCAGCAGCAGCGGCGGCGGCAAAAGGAGGCAGCAGGGAUGGACGAGGACAAGAGGCGCAGGGUUUCCAUACAAGGCAAAAGAAAGAAGCUUACUUUGGCAAUGGAGAAAGAAAAAAAGACUGGCAUGAUAGAGAUUCCAUAAGGAAAGACUUGCAACGGACAGGAAAUGGAGAACAGGGAAAACCCUAUCCUAUGACUGAUGCUGAGCGAGUUGAUCAGGCAUACAGGGAAAAUGGUUUUAAUAUUUUUGUGAGUGACAAAAUUUCUUUCAAUCGCUCUCUACCAGAUAUACGACAUCCAAACUGCAAUAGCAAGCUGUACCUGGAAAAACUCCCCAACACCAGCGUAAUAAUUCCAUUCCACAAUGAAGGAUGGUCAUCACUUCUCAGAACAGUGCACAGUGUUCUUAACCGCUCUCCGCCUGAACUGAUAGCUGAAAUUGUGCUAGUGGAUGAUUUCAGUGACAGAGAACAUCUUAAAAAGCACUUGGAAGACUAUAUGGCCCAGUUUCCUAAAGUGAGGAUUCUCCGAACCAAGAAGAGAGAAGGGCUGAUAAGGACCCGAAUGCUGGGGGCUACAGCAGCAGUUGGAGAUGUUAUCACUUUCUUAGACUCCCACUGUGAGGCCAAUGUGAACUGGUUGCCACCCCUUUUAGACCGCAUUGCUCGAAACCGCAAGACUAUUGUUUGUCCAAUGAUUGAUGUAAUAGACCAUGACCACUUUGGCUAUGAAACACAAGCUGGAGAUGCAAUGCGAGGAGCAUUUGACUGGGAGAUGUAUUACAAGCGAAUUCCAAUUCCUCCUGAAUUACAGAAACCAGAUCCCAGUGACCCUUUUGAGUCUCCUGUAAUGGCUGGAGGACUGUUUGCAGUUGAUAGAAAGUGGUUCUGGGAGCUGGGAGGAUAUGAUGCAGGCCUGGAGAUAUGGGGAGGAGAACAGUAUGAAAUAUCAUUUAAGGUAUGGAUGUGUGGGGGUCGCAUGGAAGACAUCCCUUGUUCCCGUGUAGGCCAUAUUUACAGAAAAUAUGUUCCAUAUAAGGUUCCAACAGGAGUCAGCUUGGCAAGGAACUUGAAACGUGUAGCUGAAGUAUGGAUGGACGAAUAUGCAGAGUAUAUUUACCAGAGGAGACCUGAAUAUCGACAUCUGUCUGCAGGAGAUGUGGCUGCUCAGAAGGAACUUCGCAGUAAUCUCAACUGCAAAAGCUUCAAGUGGUUUAUGAAUGAAGUUGCCUGGGACUUGAGAAAAUUCUACCCACCAGUGGAGCCUCCAGCAGCUGCUUGGGGAGAGAUCCAUAAUGUAGGAACUGGUCUUUGUGCAGAUACCAAACAUGGAGCUCUAGGAUCACCACUUAGGGUUGAAACCUGUGUGAAAAGCAAAGGAGAAGCAGCAUGGAAUAAUGUCCAGGUAUUCACAUUCAGCUGGCGAGAAGACAUUCGUCCAGGUGACCCCCAGCACACAAAAAAAUUCUGCUUUGAUGCCAUUUCCCACAACAGUCCAGUAACCCUCUAUGACUGUCAUGGAAUGAAGGGAAAUCAGUUGUGGAAGUAUAGGAAGGACAAGACCCUUUACCAUCCAGUAAGUGGCAGCUGCAUGGACUGUAGUGAAAAUGAUAGAAAAAUCUUCAUGAACACGUGCAACCCUUCAUCUCCUACACAGCAGUGGAUAUUUGAACACACAAAUUCAACUGUCUUAGAAAACUUUAACAAAAACCUCGAUCUUUAAAGACUGUCUGUACAUAUAUUUAUAUAUAUAAAUGUAUUACAGCUAUAGUUUUUACAGGAGAGAUGACACAUUUUGUAAAAGAAUAAUUUUUUAAAAAAAAAUUAAAAGGGAGAAUCUCAGGAGAGGGUGUGACUAUCAGGCCAGUCUUUACUUUGAUGAUGCUGCAUUGUUAUGUUUUGGGUAAACAAAUCUCAUCUAGAAAUUCUAUAAUCAUGCUAUAAAUUUUGAAGUCUUGUUCACUAAGGGAAGUUAGAAUUGUUUCAGAAUUUUAAGUUACUUGGCUAUUAAGGUUACUUUUCAAGCUAGCACUUUCCUUUCAUGAGGGGAUGUGUAACUAUCAUGAAUUCUGCAACACAUAUUAUCUAAGCCAAGCCUGUGGAUUUACAAUGCAGGGAAAAGUGAGAGGUGUUGUGACACAACCCCAGUUUAGAUGGCUAAGGAGAAUGCUGUCACUGCCCUUCAUUUUGGUAGUACAGUGCGCCCUUGGCUUACACAGGGGAUCUGUUCCAGACCCCCCCCCCCCUGCGUAAGCCAAAUAUCAUGUAUGCUCAAGCCCCAUUCAAGUGAGUGGGGCUCAUGCAUGUGGCGGCACGGCGGCACGCCCCACUCUAUGCAGCUUGGUGCAUAAGCUCAAAGCCGCGUAUAAUGCGGGUGCACUGUAUUAAGUUGUUUUGCCUUUGCAAGGCACAAAGCAGGUGAUAAGUAUAUGUAAGUAUGCUGCCUUAAAUUUACUAUCUGUAACUACCAGAGAAGAUCCGAGGUGUGGAUCUUUUCUCUCUAGAUCUCCCUGUCUCUUGUUGUAGGCAACUUUCCCCAUUAACAUUUCAUUUUUUCUCCAGCAUUACCUAAAAAUGUCUGAUUACUCCUUUAAAAUUCCCUUUUUUCAGUCUGAAUAUAAUUAAAGGGCAACAUUUGGAAUGGGGGAUUUCUCCAGUUGGAUCUAGACCUCCUGGGUUCCUAGCCCAGCCCUCUUAGGGUCCCCAGAAGGUCACAUACCCUUCAUGACUCCAUCAUGUGAUAGUUUCCCAUUCAUUGUACAGGCUCUUUUCUAUUCUAAAAGGCUCAGCUACUGGCAGUAAGAACUUUAAAAAUAAAAUGUGCUGGUAUUUUUGGUCUCCAUCCUAUUACCUUUGACCACCAGAAUGUGGCACACGAGCUUCUGUGAAACUGAAUUUGAGUUGUUCAAAGGGGGAAUCCCUUCCUUGUCCUAAAUACUGGGGGGGGGGGGACUGCAAAGACAAAGAAGAAGCUUCUACUGGCAGCUGCAAGUAAUCCAGCAUUUCAAAUGCAUGCAAAUUUAUAUAAUUUUAAAAUGCCUAUUCUGGACUUAUACUCUCAUACUCUAGUGUCUUUUAGAACAGGCAGUGCCUGCCCAGAAAAUUGAAAAGAACAUUCUCAAUGUGUUCAUCAAUUUGAAUAAAUGAAAUAUAGUUCCUAAAUUCCGCAGUAAGUGAGGUUGCUUAUUAACUAAAUUACAGUAUCAACAUUUGCAACUUCUGUCACUAGGUAUCACCUCUGUAUUCAUCUGUCAGAACCUCAUGUUUGAGCCCUAGGCCCCCCCCCCCAAAUAAUACUAUUUAACAAGUAAUGACUUCUAGGUGAAUAAAACAUUUGAGGGCUUGAUAGAGGGUGAAAUCAUAUGCACUAAUCCUGUACACAAAUAUUCCCAAUUUAGGUCCCUUUCAAAGUAGAUAUUUGGAGGACAAACAACACAAAUUUCUUCUGUUGUGAGAAACUGGUUUCAGUUUCAUACACCAUUCUGUCAGCUUACUGUAUAAGAAGCUAAAAGAGAGGUUUUUUACUGCUGUGACAGCCUGCUGCUAGAAUAAUUAAACAGCUUUCAGUAAGACUGCAGUAUUGAAAUACAGGGCCAUUUUAUUGUAUAACAUUCCAAGGCAUUUCUCAGUACAGUUAUUGUUCUGUCAAAUCAUUGAUUUGAUACUGGAGAUUGAUUGGGACCUGAUGUUCACCUAUUGUAAACAGCAGCAACUUGGGACCUUUUCACACUACAUAGUUUGAGCACUAUGAUUCCACUUCAGUUGUGAUGGCAACAUCCUGUGGAAUCAUGGAAGGGGCAUUUAGAAUUCUUAGCCAGAGAGCAUCUCUGGUGUCACACCAGACUACAAAUCCCAGAAUUUCAUAGGGAUGCAGCCAUAGCAGUUAAAGUGGAGGCAUAGUGCUAUAACUGUGUUGGGUGAAAGGGUCUCUAUAUCUGUAAAUGAUGACUGACUGCCCAUUGCGUUCAGUUACAUCUGAAAUAAAAUUUGUUCAGUUUAUUUGUUCUAAUACCAGUUAGGCAAAUCAGUCUUCUAAAUUACCUGUUUAGUUCACUGGCAUCAAACGCUUUGGCUCUCAUAUACCAACAGAACUAAGGCUAAAGUCCUGAGAUUGCUCCAAGAAAUUCUCAGUGAUAUUGGGCCAAUGUUGAUGAGAUGCUUAUGGGAAGCCUACCAGAGACAAUUUCAGUAUAGUAUUCUUCCACUUGUGUCCCCCAGCAACAUGCUGCCUCUGACCUGGAAGAAAUACAUAGCCUACAUGACUAAUGAUACUUAUCCUCCACGAUUUUGUCUAACCUCUUUUAAAACCAUACAAGCUGAUGUUCAUUGCCACUUCACAUGUUAGCGGAUUCUAUUGUUUAUGUGAAGCACCGCUCCCUUUUGCCUGUCCAGAAUCAAUGUAAUUCUGUUCCAUGUAGAACCAAUUUGCAAUGACUCCCAGACAUGCUUAGGGCUACGUAUAUAAUGUUGCAGAAUUCUACAGGCUAUACUACUUUGACUGAGGUGCUGUACAGAUAGUGGAAAAAAUUCAAGAAUGAAUAUAGUUCCACAUGUUUCAGAGCUUAGGCCUUCUUACGUUUUUCCCAUUUCAGAUAACCAAUUGGAUAAUUUAAAAAAUAAUUAGUGUCAAAACUUUGUAUUUUUUUUCCAAUUAUCUUUUUAGAAAGCUUCUCCAAGUCUAUGUUAGCUAAAGAUUUACCCAGUACCAGUGAUUGUGUGAGUUUGCUAUAUUUAGCUAUUUGGAUUAACUGAUCAAUUGCAAAAAAAGAGUUCAAUAUUUCUUAUUUAUGGGGAUAGCUACUUAAUACAUUACCAUUCAUUGUGGUUCUCCCCCCUCCCCCAUAAUUUUGGAUAUCUAAUACUAAAAGGUAUGCCCAAUUAACUGGGUGAAAAUCCCAUCGGAUUAAGUUGUGAGUCAGUGCAUAUAGGAUUGUUCUGUGAGAAAUCAUCCAUCAUUCCUGGCAGCUUCAGUAAAGUUGUGUCAUUACAUUUGCUUGAUAACUAACUUUGCAUUUUUCUUCAACUCAAGAUGAGAUUUGUUUUUAAAUAUAUAACUAGUAGUGGACAUCUUCCUGUGGCAUUUAAAAAGUGGAUUAUUUUAAGAACUUUCCAAGUGAUAAAACAGGCUGGUCAGUUAUCCAGUUCUAUUUCUUUUCCUUGUAACAGGUGCUCAUUUGCUUCUUCCAAUUCUACCUCACUAGUCUUUCAGUGGUUAAUAAAUAAUUUUUCUUGGUGCACUCAGAAGCUCAGUUCAUGCUCAGGUUUAUUUUUAAGUCCAAUAAAGAGAAAUGCUCCAGGCUCAUGUAGAGAUUUUUCACUGAAUAAAACAAGGAACUAGAUGUGAAAGCUUCCAUGUGCAUGUUAAGAUUGCUGACCAGGGUCUCUGCCCUUUACAGGUCCUUUCCUGAUAUUUAUAAGCAGCUUCGUUUUACAAAAAUCUUAGGUAGACUUUUUCCCUUUUACAUAAAUAUAUUAAUAAUCUGAUAGCCCUACUCUUGAUUUUUAAAAAGGGUGAAAUAGGUGUGAAGUUGAAGGCUUUCACAGCCAGCAUCCAUAAUUUUUGUGGGUUUUUCAGACUGAGUUUAUUCCUGACGUUUCACCAGCAGCUGUGGCUGACAUCUUCAGAGACAUCUUCGCUGCUGGCGAAAUGUCAGGAAUAGAACACAGUCUCAUAGCCCAAAAAACUAUGAUGAAAUAGGUAUUGAAGAAUUAGCUAUCUACAUGUCUUCUAUUAAUGCAUCUAAGAAAUACCUCUGCUUGCAGCUAAUGGGCUGCUAACCAAAUGGAAGUCAAUGUAUCAAAAUGGUGGUUAAUUCAUAUUUUUCUGUUCCUCCAUGGCAAAGCAAUUACAGAUCUCGCUAGUUAUUUACCAUAAUUUCUUAUUGUUUUCAAGAGCUCAUUCCAAUAUUUUCUUCCAUGGAACAUCAUGGAGAAGUACCCAAUGAAAAAUCAUAUAACAAUAUGGGAUCUGUGUGCAUCUUGCAAGAAAUGUCCACAAGUGCCCCUCCUAAUUAUUUAUAGUAGUAGGUCAUGUUUGUUACAGCUUCUUUCCUAACCCUUUUAGAGAGCAUAUUGCAUAGUACCCACACCCCCACCUUAUCCUUGCUAUUAGGUCAUAAAUCUACUGAUGUUCACUGCAUAAAAUUUAUGCUGAAGAUUAGGGGAAAUCUUUAAUGAAGUAGCUUGUUUGGUGUUUUUUUGGUUUUUGAGAAAGAGAAGUACCAAUAGAGAGAGGCUAUGACCUUCUUUGUAGAAUAGAAAUAAUGUCAGUACUUGUAUAGCCUAGUAUUUCAAAUGGUUUUGCCCAUUUGGAUCCAUUAAGUAACUGAAGGGAUUUUGUCAAACCAUGUUCAAGUUUCAAUUACUCAGUUUCUCCCACAGGUUCCUACUGUCAAGCAUUACUCUUUACUUUUUAACCCUCAGUUAAGGAAGUGAAAAUAUCUUAUGUGGCAGAAAAUUCAAUAUCAUUGUGACCUAUGUAUGGAAUCUACACUCUGAGAAAUUCAUAAUGUUACACAGAUUAAGGCAAACAUGUCAAGCUGUUGGGAGUCAAGAAUUUCUGCAGUGACAUGAUUGCUGCAUAAGAUCAAAUAUUACAAAAAUAAUUUCAGUUAAAUGCCUAACCCAGUCAUUUUGGCUUAUAUUUUGAAGACACAACUAAGUCAUAAUAUUUGUUAUAUAAUGUUCUAGCAUUGUGCAUUCAUGUCAUACAUUUUUAGUUUUUACAACUGUUUUGCAAGGGAGGUCAGUAUUAGUUCCAUGUUGAGACUGUGGUGACAGAUAGUGGCUUUUUGAAUAACUAGCAUGUUCUUCUUGAGAUUCUAAGUUGGAACUUCUCAGAGUGCAUUGUUAGCUAGUUCACUAUAUUGGCUCCUGCUAAACCUCUGCAGUCUGGCAAUAUAGGCUGAAAUGUAACUGUUAAUCCCAAAUAGAGUAAACCCAUUGACCUUAUUGGAACAUGUUAACUACUGGUAAAUAUUUUUAUAUAAAUUAAAUGGGUCUAUUGUAGUUGGGAACACCUGAAGAGCAUUACCUGCAGUCCACUGGAACCAAACACAAUGUUAAAAGCCAAAUAUUAAAAGGACUAUUAAAAAAAAUUCUGAUCUUUAAGUGCUUCCUCACUGCAGCAAUAUAUUUUAAAACGAUUACCUUUCUUAUCAAUCUGUCUGAAUGGUGUACCUUGAGCUUCCUCAUUAAUGAUCCAUAGUUAGAGAGGGCCACCUGCUGGUUGAAAAGCAAAGAGCCAUCUUAUCUCAUCUGUCCAUCACUA